GCCCCGUACAGUCGAGCUAUCCGACAUUACUCUGUUAUAUCUGUGCAUAAUGUUUUCUUCGGCAGCCUAGAUACUGUUGAGAAAUCACUACGUCACCGCGCGUCAUGAUUUCGCUGAAUGAGCAUUAGUGAAGUGAAGCGUGACGAUCAGCUGAUAUGAAGAACUGCUGCUGCUGGUGUCUGGAGGCGACGGAACCACACUGCCUCAGGUGUUCGCGGCGCGGUAAGAUCGACAAACCUCUACUGCCUACCUCAACUGCCGAAAAUAUACACCACAGUGAUGUCGGAUGGUUUUGAGCUCGGCGGUGGUGGAAACUUCAGCUCUCUGUGUCCUAAUGGUAUAGCGUGGAUCUGGUAUGGACUGGGUGAAUGUGCUCAGGAUGGCAGAGAUGUUGCCAGUGUGGUUCUCGGACUCCUGUCAAUUGUCUGCUUCAUGGUGUCCUCAAUACCGCAAUACUACAGUUCCUGCAAGACAGGAAACAUGGACAGCGCUCUGUCUAUCUGGUUCCUCUUAUUCUGGCUGGCGGGUGAUUCGUGCAAUCUUAUAGGGUCAUUUUUGGCUGAUCAACUUCCUCUACAGAAAUAUACAGCUGUCUACUACGUCGUGGCAGACCUGUUAAUGCUGGCCAUGUACAUGUACUAUAAACUAAAGAAUAAAAGAUCUUCAGACCGUGCACUGCUAAAUGCACUCAGCGUGCUGUGUCUUUUAGGAAUGACAUCUUCACUUCUCAGUAUCCCUCAUUGGUCUCUUGAGGAUCAAAUGCCCUCAGGAUUCAGAGGUCGAGCACUACUGGCCCUGGAGGAGGACAACGGUGCAGUGCAGCCAUUCAAAACAAGAGAGAUUAUAGGCUUUGUUAUCGGCUCUAUUUCUUCAGUACUGUAUUUAUGCUCCAGACUGCCACAGAUUUACACCAAUUUUCAGAGGAAGUCAACAGAGGGCUUGUCGUAUUUCCUGUUUGCUCUGGUGAUUCUGGGAAACACCACAUACGGCGUGAGUGUUCUGCUGAAGAACCCAGAUCCAGGACAGGGAGAGGCCAGUUACAUGGUUCACCACCUGCCCUGGCUCAUCGGCAGCCUCGGAACUCUCUCACUAGACCUGGUCAUAUCUGUGCAGUUUAUGAUGUACAGGAAAUCUCCACAGGUUUCUGCAGAUACAGAUGAAGAAAGGGCUGCGCUUCUGCAAAACUGAACUACUCAUUCCUGCUGUGACUGCAUUAAAAGCUGAUGGAUGGUUUUUGAGCAUCACAUUUCACAAAAAUGCACAAAAAACUUGAGUUUUAUUUACAUUUUAUAUCAAUAGGUUUUAUUAUAGCGAGCAGCAUCAGUGAUUCUAAUUAUUAUUUUUGUCUCAUAGUAGUUGCUGUUCUUAAAGGGAUAGUUCACCCAAACACAAAUAAACAAACUUUUAUUCAUCGUUCACUUGUUCAAAACCUAUUUGACGGUUUCUAGCUUUAAACACAAAAGAAGAUGUUUUGAAGAAUGCUGGCACUCAUGGACUUUGAUUUUUUUUCUCUACUAUUGAAGUUCAACCAGCAUUCUUCAAAAUAUCUUCUUUUGUGUUCAACAGAAUAAAAAAACUCAUAAAGGUUUAAAACUACAUGAGGGAGAGUAAAUGAAUGGAAGUUUAAAACUUUGCGUGAACUAUCCCUUUAAUUGUUACCAAAGGGAUCAUUUACACACUUGUACUGUACUUCAGAACUCACAAAAGCUUUUAUUUUUAUUUUUUCAACGCAUGCAAUCUUGUAAAUUUGAUGUACAGUGAAUUAAGUGCUGCAUACAGCAGACUUGACUGAGGAAGACUUGUGAAAACGGGCUUCUUCAGUCUGUGUACUGUAAUCUAUUAAGUAUCAGUUGGUUUUGUUAAGAUGUUUUUAAUCUUUAUAUGGUGGCCUUGAUUAUGCACUGCACCUGACCGUCAGUUUGUAACUUCUUUUAUUGAAGUUCUUAUUUUGAAGUCUUAUUUGACUUUGUGCCUGUUUUCUUUUCUGUAUCACAACACACACUAAAGAUCUUUGUUUUCUGGGGCCAAA